AUUGGUCCAGUGACGUUACAUCAUUACAACCAUCGCUAAAAUGGCGAGAUACAUAGUAUGUUGACAUUUACUUAAAGCUCUUUGGCAGAAACUAGGGUGUAGGGAGGCCUUUAAAAAUCUGUCAACGUACAUAUUACAAUUGCCCGUUAUCAAUUAUAUUUGUGAAAUACGCGAUGUACUCGAUCAAUGCCGAUUUAUCGAGUUCCGCGGAUGUAGACGACGUUACGAUCCCGUUGGUUAAACGUGAUGAAAGCUGUCAAGCGACUGACGAGAGCACCGGCGAACCGUGCGGCGAAACCGAGGGUCUGCGUAUUCUCGAUGAAUUUCGCAAAUUGUACGAGAGUCGUAUCGAGAAGAUCGAUCAGGAAUCCAACGGCGAGUCUGAUCGGGUUUCCAUGAAGCUACAGAUAAUGAGAGAUUGGAUCAAGGAUUUAGGAGAACAAAAUACUAUGUUAGUGCACACAGUGGAAGAUUUGGAGCAAGCUACGUGUAAUAGAGUGAAGUUAUUAGAAGAGAAAUUAAAACAAUCAUCGCAAUUAGUUGUAGAUAAUUUGACAAGAUCGUGUCAUUCUGAAAAGGCUUUAAAUACACUUUCAAAUCGUGUCAGUCAAUUGGAAAAGGAUGAGGAAUAUCUGCUACAGAAAAUAGAAUAUCUGCAAAGUGACAUUAGAGGAUUAUUAGAAGUGAUUCGUCGCGCACAUCAGCAAAACACUUGGGAUCUUGACGAUAUUACAUUCUUUGAGAUUCAGCGCGAGGAUAUUCCAGUUCCAGAAUAUAUCUGCAGUCAGGAACAGACAGACACUGAACAUACAAAAUCCUUGAAUUUGCAAAUAGAACAACUUCAGGAAAAUGAGAAAAAAUUAAUCAGAUCUCAAUUGGAACUAGAAGGAAAAGUAGCAGAUCUCAUGACAGAAUUAUCAGUGAAAGAUGAGACUAUAAAUAAAUAUGUUUCUAGACUUCAGUGUUUUUGUGAGAAGCUUAAGGAACAUGCUAAGCAAACAAAUGAAGUUAUUAGUCAUCCAAUGAUAAAUGAUCAAAAUUGCGAUAUUAUCUUAACACCUGACAUUCUGGAAAGUGUAUUAGAUGUAAAAGAUUCAGAAAACAGAAACUUACGCAGACAACUCCAGGAUGUUGAAUCUAAGCUUAUGGUGUACACUUAUGAAAACAAUAUGGGUACAACUAAUCUACAAGUACAAUUAGAAGAGAAAUCUAAAAAAGUACAGCAAUUGGAAGACAAAGUGGCUCGUCUCGAAAAAGAAGCCGUGGAAACGCGAGAUACAUUGACAGCGGAGAUCACUGCAUUAGAAAAACAAAAUUAUCAUGCAAAUAUAGGGAAUCUUUUGAAGGACGAUUUAAUUAAAGAGAUGCGUAAGGAAUUGAAGGAAGCGACUUUAGAGGAUGUCUCUUCUCGGAAAGUUCGCAUUGAUACAAAUAAUUUCCCAGAGAAAUGUCCUCUGCCUUGGAUAGAAAUCUCACAUUUUAAGAAGGAUGAAUUUAUAUCAUUUCUGAAUAGUACAAAAGCGCAUGUGCAAAAAGAAUGUGAAAUUUUGUCAGAUUUAAAGCUUGAACUGGGGAAAUUUGUAGAAAAACUAUCUGUAGAGACUAACGAGGUCAAUGAUUGCAUUAUAUCUAACAAUUGUAUGAAUAAAAAUAAACUUUUUGCAAGUGGCAUGUCAGACAAGUUAGUCAACUGUAUUGAAAUUAUUACCAGAAUGUACUCAGAAAGAGAAAAGGAAAUUACUCUUUUUGAUUGUAUGAUAAAGAAAGAAGAAAAUUAUUGUGUGUGUAGUGAUUCUAAGGAUAUUAAGUCAAAUAUAAAUAAUGCACGACAAUUCAAGUUGAUGGAAGAAUUCAGAGUAUGUACUGUAGAAGCUCAAGCAGCAACAGAAGAUAUUCGCGAAGAGAUAAAUACUGUUAUUUCUACAUUUAAUUCACGACACCAGAACUAUGAAGAACUGAACGAGAUGGUUACUAAUACACAAACUUACUUAACAAGAACGCGAGAAGGGUUAAUAGAAGCUGUUAAUAGAUUAGAAUUACAAGAGGAAGAGAGAUUGAGGCAUAAUGAAAGAAUUGUGAAUGGCAAGCAUAAACUGAAAGAUAUAAAAAAUGAGAUUAAUCAAAUUCAAUCAGACUUGUCCCGUUGCAUUAACGGUAUGCAAACGAAUAUACAGGAAUAUCAUGAAUCUGGGUACACAGAAGCAUGCAUUAGCAAUGAUUUAUUGACUGUUGUAAUGGAAGAAGUUGAGCAGAUACUGACUAAUUUGCAAUUAUUUCAAACACAAGAUGGUUGUAUGACGUCAAUACUAAAGGGAUUAAAAAGUCAGUUAUGUACUAUAGAUUGCUCUUUAAAGGAUUUGCAGAAGAAAACCAGUGAAGUGCUCUUAAACAACGAGAUUGCAAAAACGACAUUCUGUGAAAGAGAAGGCAGAUUGGCUAAACUCGAAGAAGAGAUCGAUUAUGCACAUACAAAAAUGCAAAAUGUAUUGGAAACUUUUCUUUCUACAAAACAGGAAGAAAAGGAACAAUUUCCUCACUAUAUCUUUGACAACCAGGAGAUAAAUGACAUAAUUAAAACGAAAGAAGAUUUACAUAAAUUAAGGAAAGAAUAUAAUGAUCUCAAGCUCAACAUGGUUCAGCAAUCAUGUCAGAUAAAAUAUGAUGAAAAAUUAAAUAAGUGGAAAAAUCAUAUAACUGAUCUAGAAGACCAAAUCAAAGUGUUGCAACAUGAGAUAAAAUGUAAACAAGAAACGAAUAGUUUUUUAAAGAAUGGUAUUCAAUCCAUGGAGAAAGAAUUGAUUACUAUACGAACAAAGGCAGAAAAUUAUAGACAAUGUCAUAGCAAAGAUAGCAUAGAACUGAAAAAGAAGAUAAUAGAAUUAGAAAAUAUUAUCAAAACGCAAAAAGAAAUAGAAAAUGAUCUUCGAAAGGGUUUAAAUAAUGUAACAAAUAUUAAGAAAUCUACAGAAAUCUCAAAUACUUUUAAUAUGUCUGACAUGUUCAAAACUGUGCAAGAUGCAGUGCAAUCUGCAAAACUAGCAAUCCAAGAUCUUGAAAGUGAAUUUAAAAAGUCGAUACGGGAAGAAUCAUCUCUCUCUUCUGUUUCGGCGAGAUCUGUUGUGACAUUAACAGAUUCAUUAGGAAAAUGUAAAGAGAAAUUGGAUGUUUGUUUUCACGAGUUAAACAAACUUAAAAGUGCUAUAUAUUCCAAAGAAAAAUUAGUAAGUUAUAUAUGUUUGCAAAAUAUGGAGGAAGUCAUACGAAUACAACGGGACUCCUUAACAAUGAGCCAAACAGAAGUAAAAGAUCUGCAUCAGAAGCUACAAGACAAGAUUGAUAAACAAAACCUUACUAUUGCGCAAUAUGAGAGAGAGAAGAACGAAUUGCUGAAACAGAAUGAACUCCAGAUUCAAACCAUUGGUCAUUUACAAAAUGCCGUUGUUGAAGCUAAAAGAAAUUUGGAUCAAAUGAGUCAUAAAGCGAUGAGCGAUCUUUGCAAAAAAGAUAAUAUUAUUCGUGAAUUAACAAUGUGCAUUGAUGAAACACAGUAUCAGUAUAACGACUGUUUUACAGAGGCAACUAAUCAGGAUUUAUUAUUGGAUUUACAACGAGAUUCUAUUGACAGUUUGCACAAGAGAAUUCGUUGUCUGGAGUAUGAUAAAAGUUUCAUUAUUACUACUUUGCAUACAAUGUAUUCUUCGAUCUUAAAUGUAGUACAGGAACAAAUACAUAAUCAUGUAAAGGAUCUCCGAGAAUUGAAAUGGAAGAUGGACAGUUUUAUGCAGAUGAAGAAUUAUUCUGAAAGCAAAUGCAUGAACAAAUCGUGUGCAAUAUCUCUUAAAGACAAAAGCUGCGAUACUCAAGACCUGGAAUAUUCUUCAAAUAACAUUGUGUUUAGAAGGUCAUUGCACGUGGAAGAACAUUCAGAUAAAGAUGUGGAGAAUACUGCUCAAAUAUGGCAAUCAACUGAAUUACAAAAAAUGAAAGAUAGAGAAUGUAGUUUAAAAUGCGAAAAUCAGCAACUUAAGACUGAUCUACAGUGUCACAUAUCAAAAAUUAAUAAUUUGAUGAAACAAUUAGAGCAUGCUAAACAAAAAGAAAGUGAAUAUGAGAAACUUUUAUCGAAGUUAGAAGAAGGAGAGAAAGAGAUUGAAAUCUUAAAUGACCGAAUUACUAAUAAUGAAGAGAUCAUUAAGAAUCAAUCUAAUGAACUUGAAAUACUUAGAAAGAGAUUAUUCACGAAGGAUCAACAGAUGGAGGAAGAUUUAUCUGAUUUAAAUGUAUCAGAACACGAGAUGUUGAAUAUUCUGUGUGAUCGAAUAUAUUCUUUGAAAGUUUUACUCCAAGAGAAAUCGGAUAACAUGGUUAAAUUGCAAGCCGAUUACGAAUUACUUAAAAAUGAGAAUUCUAUAUUAAAAAGGCAGAAUGAUAUUAUUGAAACUCGAGCUCAAGAUGACGUCUUUCAAUUGAAGAAAAGGCUCAAAGCGACACGCAUAAAAUUGCAUCAAGUAGAAAGUGAUCAUCAGGGAAUGAUAGAAGAUUUCAAUGAAGCUCAAAAACAAUUAAUGUUAGCAUCAAAACGCGAAGUAGAUUCGCAAAAAUCUUUAAUAAUUACGGAAAAAACUUAUUGUUCUAAAAUCGAAAAAAUAGAAAAUGAAGCGGUCGAUCUGCGUGAUUUAGUGGACAAAUUGAGCGAAGAAUUGGAAGAAACAAAAAAAAAAUUUGAGUCGCAAAGUAUUGAGCUUUGUCAAGCGCAAGAUAAAUGUAAAAGUUACACUGAUCAUUUGGAUAUUAUACGACAAAAUCUCGAGAUGGAAAAAGAUGAAUUAAUGAAGGCCGAGAGUGUGAAUCAUGACUUAAUUCAACAGUUGCAAGAAUAUAUGAACGAAAAUUAUCACCUUGGCCAACAGAAGAUUUCACUUGAGCGAAAUAAUUCUACAUACAUAACCGAGUUAAAGGACAUGCGCAAAUCUUUGUUUGAAUUGAAGAAGGAAUGCCACUUAAAGGAUCAAUCUCUAACGUAUAUGACAAUUGAUUUGACUGAAGCAGCUGUGAGUAGAUCAGAACUCUGUAAAGAAUCUCAAUAUAUAAUUUCAUGCAUCCGUGAUUAUAUGGAACAACAAAAAAAAUACAACAAAACUCUAGCAAAAAAUCUGGAAAAUAAGCAACAACUUUUAAUGCAGCUUAUAUUUGAAAAAAAAGCUCUAUUAAUUAAAAUCAAGAAGUUGAAACGAAUUAAUUUAUUGGCACAGAAACUAAAACGAACGCACAGACAAUUAUUAACUGGUAGAGGUAAAAAAGCGCAUAUAAAAAAUUAUAAUAUCUCGUCGAUUAAAACGCGUCAGAAUAUAGAAACAGAUUUAAUUUCAAGUUUGGAUUAUACAGAUUUAUAUAAGAAAUAUUCAAUAGAACCAAUAAAAACUAAUCAAUGUACGUCAACAUGUGGUGACUCAUGGUGGUUUCCUAAAAUGGAAUAUCUAAUAAAUGAAAUGCAGAAAAGUAAUCAACAGUGGAAUAAUAAUUUUAAUCAUGCAACAGAAUCCGAUACUUCAUUAGAAGAAAACCAUGAUUACGGUUAUCAGUCUUCUUCUACAAGCAAAUGAAGAGGAGCGAAAGAUCUUUCAUGAUAAAGACUGAAAAAUGAUGCGAAAGAAAAGUUUCAUGUCGACUAUUGUAUAUCGUGAACGUGUGUGGAAAUUUGUAUCGUAAUUUACGUUUGUGCUAUCUUUUUUUCGCAUAACACAUAAUUUUCUACAUAUAUAUAUAUAUAAUUAUCAAAUGUAUCUUUUUUUAAAAAAUAAAUAGACGUCCUUGUAA